AUGCUUGGGUUUGGUCGUCCUCGUCUUCAACACAAAAAGUCCAUUGUUGAAUUCAUCACCGGCAAAAGCAUCGACGAUCUCUCCGACCUUAAAUACCUUCAUCAACAGCUCAAGCUUCCCGAUUUCUCUGAGGAGGAACUAGAGAUCGAGCUCUCUGGUUCCAGCUUCGGUGAUACCUCCAUCUUUGCCUUUCCGCAACCCCUGCAGACUCUACACACGACUGCUCACACAUACAGAAGGAUGCCUGCCGCGAAGGAGAGUGGCAUUGGCCAUGACCAGCAGAAUGGAGUCAUCUUUUCCGUCUCUGGUCCCGUCGUGGUCGCAGAGAACAUGAUCGGUGUAGCUAUGUACGAGCUAUGCAAAGUCGGUUACGACGAGCUGGUAGGAGAAGUUAUUCGGAUUGAGGCAGACAAAGCAACCAUUCAAGUCUACGAAGAGACCGCCGGUGUCACCGUCGGAGACCCUGUCCUUCGAACUGGCAAACCUCUAUCCGUGGAACUUGGCCCAGGACUGAUGGAGACGAUUUACGACGGCAUUCAACGACCCUUGAAGACCAUCGCUGGAACCACAAACAGCAUCUACAUCCCGCGCGGUAUCGCUAUCCCCGCCCUGGACCGAGAGAAGAAAUGGCCUUUUACACCAACCAUGAAAGUCGGCGACCACAUUAGUGGUGGAGAUGUCUGGGGGAAGGUCGUCGAAAACAGUCUGCUGAACGAACAUCGAGUUCUCAUGCCCCCAAGAGCUCGAGGAACCAUCAAGAAGAUCGCUCCCAAGGGAGACUACACAGUUGCUGAGCCAUUACUCACGGUCGAAUUCAACGGCGAAACGAAGGAAUACCCGAUGAUGCAAUCAUGGCCCGUCCGAGUUCCUCGACCUGUCAACGAACGCCUUCAAGCAGAUUCUCCCUUCAUCGUCGGUCAACGAGUGCUCGAUGCUCUCUUCCCAUCUGUUCAGGGAGGGACUGUCUGUAUUCCAGGAGCCUUUGGUUGUGGCAAGACUGUCAUUUCCCAGUCAGUCUCGAAGUUUUCCAACAGCGACAUCAUUGUCUAUGUCGGCUGCGGAGAACGGGGGAACGAGAUGGCUGAGGUCUUGAUGGACUUUCCAGAACUCUCCAUCACCGUGGAGGGCCGAAAGGAACCCAUCAUGAAGCGGACAUGUUUAAUCGCCAACACCUCGAAUAUGCCAGUGGCAGCUCGAGAAGCUUCCAUCUACACUGGAAUCACAGUGGCCGAAUACUUCCGGGACCAGGGCAAGGCUGUCGCCAUGAUGGCUGACUCUUCGUCUCGGUGGGCCGAAGCUCUGCGAGAGAUUUCUGGUCGUCUCGGUGAAAUGCCAGCGGACCAGGGGUUUCCCGCCUACUUGUCAGCCAAGCUUGCUUCCUUCUACGAGCGAGCAGGAGCCGCUACUACGUUGGGAUCUCCAGAGCGCCAGGGCAGUAUCUCCAUCGUUGGAGCCGUUUCUCCUCCUGGUGGAGAUUUUUCCGAUCCUGUCACCUCGGCCACCUUGGGUAUCGUGCAGGUCUUUUGGGGCUUAGAUAAGAAACUGGCACAACGCAAGCACUUUCCUAGCAUCAACACCUCACUGUCCUACAGCAAAUACACCAACAUCCUGGACAAAUUCUAUGCCAAGGAUCAUCCCGAGUUCCCCAAACUACGCAAUCGCAUCAAGGAGCUUCUGACUAACUCGGAGGAUCUCGAUCAAGUCGUGCAACUUGUCGGGAAAUCAGCACUGGGCGAUUCCGACAAAAUUGUACUUGAUGUCGCUGCCAUGCUGAAGGAUGACUUCCUGCAACAGAACGGCUACAGUGACUACGAUCAGUUCUGCCCUCUCUGGAAGACGGAAUACAUGAUGAAGGCAUUCAUGCAAUUCCAUGACGAGGCUCAGAAGGCGGUUACUACUGGAUUGAGCUGGAACAAGGUACGAGAGGCUACCAGUGAUAUUCAGCAUGGCUUGCGCAGCAUGAAAUUCGAACUGCCCGACAACCAGGAGGAAGUCUCGGCCAAGUACGACAAGCUGUUGCAGAGCAUGUCGGAGAAAUUUGCGAGCGUUAGCGAUGAAUAG